UAGUGCUUGGAUUUAUAAUGGGCUUUUCUUGGAUAAUAGUUUUGUUUUUCUUAGAAAUCUUUCAAAGUAGCCUUUGUCACGUUGUAAAAAAUGAUUCCAACAGAAUUCUGAUUAAUAAACCAAGGCUAGAGAAUGAUAGAGACGACUUUUUUAACAAGGACCAUGUGAGAAGAAAACGCUAUAUAGGAUUGAGAUUUAAGCUUAAUAGAAGGUAUCAGGAGUGUGUUGGUCCAGGAGAUAUGAAAGGUCACUGCAAACAUUUGCCAUUUUGUCAAAUGGACGUUAUGGGCAAUUCAGAAAAUAAGCUGGAAUUCCUCUGUAUUAUAGAAAAAGCAUUUGUUGGAGUGUGCUGCCCCGAUGACUUAGUUAGUUCUGGUGCAGCAGGAUCACAUAUUGUGAUGGAUUUACCAGCCGGAGGUUAUGAUUACGACGAUAAUGCUACUAAUACAGGAUGUGGUAUUCCAGACAAGGGAAGAUCCGUCAAAGACACAAAAUCGGGAAUUCAGGAAUGGCCUUGGAUAGCUGCCCUUUAUCGUCAGAAGCAAUUAGAACAGGGUUUAGAGCAACAGUUUUGUGGAGGAUCUCUUAUAACGGACACUCACGUUUUAACAGCCUCGCAUUGCGUUCAAGGUCUUACAGCUGCAGAAAUACGGGUCAGGCUAGGUGAAUACAACUUCGCAACGUCCAACGAGACAAGAUCACGUGAUUACGGAGUUGAGAAAAUUAUAGAACACGAAGGAUAUGUACUAUCGACGUACGAAAACGACAUUGCCAUUGUAAAGAUGGAUAAGCCGACCACCUUCAACACAUACAUUUGGCCUAUUUGUUUACCGCCUGUUGGUCAAACUUUCGAAAAUGAAGUAGCGGUGGUGGCCGGGUGGGGGCAACAGUACUACGCAGGUCCGACCAGUGAGGUUUUGCUUCAAGUGGAGGUUCCUGUUUGGCCACACCAAAACUGCGUUGAUGCCUUUGUACAGAAGAUCACGGAUGACAAUAUCUGUGCGGCUGGAUAUGAAGGAGGGAAAGAUUCGUGUCUGGGUGAUUCCGGAGGCCCUCUGAUGUAUCAGUUGAGCAAUACACGUUGGGCAUCAAUUGGAGUGGUAUCCUGGGGCAUAGGUUGCGGAAAUAAGGGCAGUCCUGGCAUCUACACGAUGGUCAAUAGGUACAUUCCAUGGAUUAUAAGGAACACUAUAGCUAAGCAAUGAUUUCAAUAUUUUGUCAUAAUUUUUGUAUAUACGCUCUUUGAAUAAUAAAUAAUGGAAAGCA